UGCAUUGCUUGUUGAGAGGCGGCCGGCAACCGUGGUACACAAGGGGCUUGAGCGUCCUGUGGAGAGAGUGGGCGGUCAGGCCAUGAACUUGGGAGAUGGUUUAAAGCUUGAAACUGAAUUACUGGAUGGAAAAACCAAGCUAAUAUUGUCUCCAUAUGACCAUAAAUCAAAAAUUUCUGUGAAGAUGGGAAGUAAGACUAGGAUUGCAAAACAUCCUUUAAGAAUGAAACAAACUGGACACUUUCUAAAAUCAACUCAAAAUACUUGUGUCGAGAGUGAAAAACUUUUGCAGAAGACAGUUGGUUCAGAAACUUCACAGGUGAAAGGUGAAAAAACUGGAAUGACUUUUUCAUCCACUAAGGAUUUAUGUAAGCAAUACAUAAGUAAAGACUGUCUUCAUAUCCAGAGAGAGAUUGCACCUGCCACCUCUCAUAUGCAGAAGACUAGAAGCACUGUAAGUACAUCUCUAGGAGCUAAACAAAAGCCUCACAAAAAACACAUCACAGCUGGAAACACAAAGAGCAGUUUGGUGUGUCUAACACAAGACCAACUACAACAGAUUUUAAUGACUGUAAACCAAGGAAAUCGAUCUAUUUCCCUGAAUGACAAUGGAACGAAGGAAGAAAAAAGUCAGUAUAGUCUACAUUUAAACAAUAUUCCUAAUCAGCCAAAGGAUGAAAACAAUAUGGGAUUACUCCAAAAAACUGAGGAUGUUUCUUCUGUCCCAGAUGAAAAUAAAUCUGUCUUAAAUAAAAGAGAGGAGACAUCUAAGUGUGAGCAGAAAAUUGCCAUAGAAAAUGAAUGGAAACCAGCUGACAUAUUCAGUACUCUGGGGGAAAGAGAAUAUGAUAGAAAUUUGUUGGAAGCAAAAAAAGCCCAGUGGAGGAAAGAGCUUGAUGAACAGGUUGCUUUGAAGAAGAAAGAAAAAGAAGCUUCUGAAAAACGGAAUGAUCCUUGGAAAAAAUCUGAAAGUGAUAAAAUAACGUGGGAAAAACUUCAAAUUCUUGACCAAUCUAGGACUUCUGCUAGCUCUUCAAGCAGUCUAUCACAAUCUCCCAGUCAGGUUAUGGUGGUCCAGGCUGAUGGGCAUUCACUACUUAGAGCUAGUCAGAUUUUAGAGGAAACAGUGCUGGUGAAGCACCCUUUCAGUACUGUGAAACAAGAACAGCAGAGAAAAUGGAUUGAAGAGUUGAAUAAGCAAAUAGAAGAUGACCGGCAAAGAAAAAUAGAGGAAAAAAUUAUAUAUUCAAAGGGUGAGGAACAUGACAGAUGGGCAAUGCAUUUUGAUUCAUUAAAGGGUUAUCCUGGUUCUCAGUCUCAACUGUCCUCUCGAUCAACACACAAACAACCAGAGUACUUGUGCGUCUCUCCUGACACUCAGGAGCUGGCUGAUACCAGCAGUGUUUUUACACCUACAACUGGGAGCCAGGUUGAACCUUCAGAGGAGGAGCAUAUAGCAAAACCUGUUAGAGAUGUGGUUAUGGCAAACAAUCAGAGAACAAACUUUCUCCGUUCUAUGACUGCUCUCUUGGACCCAGCUCAGAUUGAGGAAAGAGACAGACGUCGACAAAAACAGUUAGAACAUCAGAAAGCCAUCACUGCUCAGGUAGAAGAGAAGCGCAGAAAGAAGCAACAGGAAGAAGAACAAAGAAAGAAGGAAGAACAAGAAGAGGAGCGUCGCUUAGCACGAGAACGAGAAGAGAUGCAGAAACAGUAUGAAGAAGACAUACUUAGGCAAAAGCAAAAGGAAGAAAUUAUGACUCUCAAGACAAAUGAGAUUUUCCAGACAAUGCAGCGAGCGCAGGAACUGGCACAGAGACUAAAACAAGAACAGAGAAUCCGAGAAUUGGCUCAAAAGGGACAUGACACUUCUAGAUUGAUUAAAAAUCUUGGUGUUGAUACAAUACAAGUGGAAUAUAAUGCAUUCACUAACAACAUUUCAAAUUCAAGACAUGAAUCUGAUGAAGUCAGUGGUGAAUUGAAUACAUGUAUCAAUUCUGCAGUUUCUCCUAAGAAGGAUACUGGUGUACAAACAGAUGACUUAAAUACAGGAAUAUUCACCAAUGCAGAAUCACAUUGUGGAUCAUUAACAGGGAGGGAAAUUAUAAAUUGCUCAUCUCCCGGGAUUUCAGCAGAAUUUAAUGGAGAGUUUAACUCUAAGAAAAACAAGCAAGAACUAAGUCACGGUAAAGGAGCUAACUUAGAAAAAGAAAAUAGUUGGUAUAAUGACCAGUGUAAUCAGUUUGCAAGAACAGAGAAACAAACAAAAGACAUGAAGAAAUGCCAUCAAAGGCCUGAUUGGAAUAUAAAUAAGCCACUCAAAAGGUAUAUUCCAGCAUCAGAAAAGUACCCUAAACAGCUUCAAAAGCAGAGAGAAGAAAAAAAAGUAAGAAGGCGGAUGGAACUGCUUCAUUUGGUAGAAAGAAAUAAUCCUGGACACGUCUCUCAAAAUAGAGGCAUGUCAGAAGAUUUUCAUUCAUCUCAUCAAGAAACUGAGUCAAAGUUCAGGUGGCAUCUAGUCAAAAAGGAAGAAGAGCCUCUGAAAAUUAAUUCAUGCAGCAAGGAAAGGUCUCAGUCAUCACCAGUUCCAGCAGUGAAAAACAGAACCCAACAAACUCAGACUAAUCCUUUACACUUACCACUAAAAAACAGUACCUUUGAAAGAGAGAAUCCAGUCUCAGGAGGUAGUGAAACGGAAUUAUCACCAGGAAGUUCUGAACCAUCCCAUUUUAUUCCCUAUGUCCGAACAAAUGAGAUCUAUUACCUUGAUCCAGAUGCACCAUUGUCUAGGCCUUCAACACAGGACCCUCAGUACCAGAAUUCACAAGACUGUGACCAAGAACAACAACAGCAGCUAUUUGACUGUGACCAUAUCAGGGAUCCACUUCUUAAUCCUAACUUGGUGAGAAACAGGGAUCGACAGCAAGCAAUCCUUAAGGGACUUUCAGAACUGAGACAGGGCCUUCUCCAGAAGCAAAAGGAGUUGGAAACUAAUUUCAUGCCUUUAGCUGCAAAUCAAGAAGAGAAUUUUAGUUCUUCAUUUUAAAUGUAGAAAACCAAAUCCUUAACAUUUGAUUUGUGUCUUCCAAAUUAUAAAAUGUGCUCAUGGCUCGACUGUAUUUUUCAAAUAGUUAUUUUUUAAAUGCUCAUUAAAAGCUUGUACAUUACAUACAAGUGCUGUACUUUUAAAAUAGAAUAAAUAAUUUUUUGUAAAA